CUGAGGUGCGCUUACCAGAAGCUAAACAGUUUGUCAUUUAAAAGAAUUAUUUUCACAAAGACCAGGACCCACUCUUGACAGCUGUAAUUAUUUUAUGAUUGUACAACGCCCUUCUCUGUUUAAUCAUGAGUGCUAAAGUGGUGAACAGUAUUCUGAACACUGAAGUGGUGGACUAUUCUAACAAGAUUCCAGUGGAGCAUCUGGAUUAUGGUUAUAUUGAGAAGUGCACUGAUGUGAAAUACCUGGAAAAGAUCUUAAAAGUUCUAAGGUCUGGAGAAGAAGGCAUUUACCCUCAUCUUAUUGACUACUGUGAGAAACACAUUGAGAAGCUCGACCCUAAGAGUCGCGCCCUCCGAAAAGACAAACCUGUGUCCUCAGCAGCAGCCCUACCCAGUGAAGAAUGGAACCAGAUUUCAGAGGAACUCAAGAGCUGGGAGACAGAGAUGCGGGUGGGUGAUGUGCAGCUGAAACAGCUUCCCUUGUUUGCUGACGAUGAAAAUGUGCCGCCCAUUCGAGGCUCUAACUGCUCCGUUCAGGGCACGUCUGCCAACGGAGAGAAAAAGAAGAAGGCAAAAAAGCCCCCUGUCCCCCGUGAUUACAGGGAGUGGGACAAACUUGAUAUUGAGAAAGAGUGUGCCAAAGUUGAUGGGAAGUCAACCGGUGAUGCAACCCGUACUGUCAUCAACCAUGGUCGCCCUCAAAUUCAAAGAACACUGCGCACAAGCUCAUUGACUGAUCAAGAAAAGACUGUUCUAGCAAACCGCGAGAAGGACAAGGGCAACGAGGCUUUCAAAGCCAAUGACUAUGAGGAGGCAGUGGCCUAUUAUACAAGGAGUCUGUCCAUUAUGCCCACGGUGGCAGCUUACAACAACAGGGCCCAGGCAGAGAUCAAGCUGCAGAACUGGCACCGGGCCCUCAACGACUGCCAGAAGGUGCUGGAGCUGGAACCAGCCAAUGCCAAAGGUCUGCUGCGCCGUGCCACUGUACAGAAGCACCUGGAAAACCUGCAAGUGGCCGUGGAUGAUGUCAACACCGUCCUUCACAUGGAGCCACACAAUGAGAUCGCAAAGAAACUCCUUCAUGAGCUGAAGAAGAAGAUGGCAGAAAAGGCCUCUGGCAGCAGGCCAUCGAAGGGAAAGAAGAUGUUGAUUGAAGAGAUAGAGGAGGAGGAAGAAGAAGGACAAGAGGAGGAAAUGGAGGAGUGUGUUGAGCGAGGCAGCAGCCAGGCGAGUGCGUGUGGGGAGAGCAGCAGGAGCAGCGCGUCGGCCGCUACAGGAGAGGAGCCAGGCGACAUGGGCAACGCGCAGAAGAAGCCCCACGGAGCCGCCGGCACAGCAGGAGGACCAGGAGGAGGUGCCGGGGGUCCCAGGACGGGGGGCAGGGGGGGCCACCACCACAACGCAGACAAGUACACGGCCACAGCGGACAGCAAGGCGGGCAAAGGGCUAGCCAAUGGCAACAGCAACCACCACGGGGAGAGCCAGGGCGCCGGCAGGCCAGGCGGGGGCGAGAGUAAGGUCAAUCUGGACGCCCCCGCCGGCAACCUGCCCCCGCCACUGGCACGCCUCAAGAACGAAGGGAACCACCUCUUCAAAAAUGGACAGUUUGGGGAUGCCAUUGAGAAGUACUCCAAAGCUAUCGAGGGCUACGCAGAAGCAGGUGUUGACAGCCCAGAGGACCUCUGUAUCCUGUACUCCAACAGAGCAGCCUGCUACCUGAAGGAUGGGAACAGCGGCGACUGCAUUUCAGACUGCACAAAGGCCUUGGAGCUGCAGCCGUUCCAGCUGAAGCCUCUGCUGAGGAGAGCCAUGGCCUACGAGUCCCUGGAGCGCUACCGCAAGGCCUACGCCGACUACAAGACCGUGCUGCAGAUCGACAUCAGCACGCAGGCCGCCCACGACAGCGUCAACAGGAUAACGCGGAUGCUGAUAGAUCAGGAUGGUCCAGAGUGGCGUGAGAAGCUUCCUGAGAUCCCCAUAGUGCCCCUGUCUGCCCAGCAGCACCGCACAGAGGAGCCCCUCAGCGCAGAGGAGGCCCAGGCACGCGCACAGCGCAACGCAGAGGAGGCCGCUCGGAAAGCGGAAGCUCGCUUCUCACUCUUCAAGUCGGAGGGAAACGAGAUGGUGAAGAAAGGCCGCUACGAGGACGCGGCGGGGAAGUACAGCGAAUGCCUUAAACUCAAACCCAGCGAGUGUGCUGUAUACACCAACAGAGCUCUGUGCUAUGUGAAACUGGAGCGCUUUGCGGAGGCCAAGCAGGACUGUGACUCGGCCCUGGGCCUGGAGCCCAACAACAAGAAGGCCUUCUACAGGCGAGCCAUGGCACACAAGGGACUCAAGGACUACGUGGCGUGCAGUAGUGAUCUUCAGAAGGUGCUGCAGCUGGACCCGGGUGUCCAGGAGGCGGAGAAGGAGCUGCAGGAGGUGAAGGAGCUCCUCAAGCAGAGCCAGAGUCUGGCCACCGGCUCCCCAGCCAAGGCACGACGCACCGUACCCAUCACAGAGGUGGAUGACACAGAGGUGUCACCCAGCAAAGGCCAGCAGCAGCAUGACUCAGCCCCAGAGCAGAACCACGUCAACCAGACGACGAGCCCCCUCAACCAGCCCUCAAACGCCUACGAGUUCGGCCAGGCACUGAGCGCAGCGCGGUCCCACGACGACACGGCAGCCUGCGCCGAGCUCCUCCGCUUCGUCCCCCCGGAAACGCUUCCCUCGUACAUCGCAAACCAGCUGGACGGCCAUACUGUAGCGUUUAUCAUGCGGGCGCUGGACGGACACCUCCUGCAGAAGGACCCCGCCCUGGUGUACCGACACCUUAACCACCUUCACACCGCCGAGCGCUUCUCCGUGGUGCUGAUGCUGCUAGACAAAGAGGAGCGCGCCGGGAUGACUCAGCUGUUUGAGCACCUGGCGGCGCAGGAGAGCGAGGCCUUCUCCAAGGACGACGUGCAGAACUUGGCCAACAAGUACAUCUGAUCCCAGACCUGUACAUCAUCCUACCUAACCUAGACAGACAAGACAAGACAUCUACUGUACCCUCUGCAUGUGUCUCUCUCACCACACAGGGAUCUAUGCAAAAAAACAGACCAUCUAUCCCCAGUCCGCUCCAUCCAUCAAGAUCAAGAGUAACUACUCCAACACAACACAUCCCAAAGCAAUAAAAAUGUAUUCAUUAAUAAUAACCAACAGAUGCAUCAAAGCACUAUACGUACACGACAUAACCUUUCACACGCAGAGAAAAAUGAGAACUGAGCAGGAAGACGGGGGUCCUUUGUGAAGACCCUGCUGGGUGGAUAACUUGCACACCAAAAUGAACUUCAGAGAAAAGAAGCCAUGUUUUGUCUAUGAUAAAGCCAUGAUGAGGAAGACCAUGCUGGGUCUACUACGGGCUACAGGAAGAGGGAGAAAACAAAAUGGACUCUUAAUCGGACAGUGUUUUUUGUUUGUUUUUUGUUUUGUGCUAUCAAUGUUUUUUGUGUAUUGCACAGGAUGGAGUCAAAAGGCAGUGGGUGAAGUAAAGUGUGUUGACAGACUUGAUAUGUGUAAGAAGUCAGUGAGGUGGGAUGCAGGAUGCAGGAUGCUGGAUGGGGUGUGUGUGUUAGCAUUGCAGUUGAAGUGCUAGCGUUGUAUUGAGAAUGAAUAAAAAAGCUAUUUUGUGCAGGCAGCAGACAGACAUCCGCGACCGUGACAGUUGGCUGGAUAGAACAGGAACUAGAGACAAAAAGAGAACCAUUUACUAGUCUCUUUUGUGGCAUCCCCAUUCAUUUGCGCAUGACUGGUUGUCCCCAUUGGCAGAGGAGCCCAGCCAUGCUGCGCCCAUGACUUCCACUCCAGAACACACAGCUGGCUCUCAUGCAGCCAGUCAGGCGAGAGGGGAUUCCUCUAGCUCUCUCUGUCCCACUUAGCACUGCAAUAUACCGAGGGAACCAUAGUCGUCGGAAUGCCCUGUCCGACCCUGUGUAGCUAUAGAUAAAGAAUUUCAACAUGCAGUUGUAUUGCUUACUCCACACUUGACAUGUCAGUACCCAAAGAUGUUGCCUUUUUUUUUUGUUCAGCCCUUUUCAAGAUCCUAUUUUGAGUAUGUUAAUACUCCCAAUAUCGUUUUAGAUAAAUGCCCUCAUUAGAAUGGCCAGGCUCUUGAAAAGGCCAGAACAUCACCAACAAAAAUGCAGCAUCUUUGGGUCUGACAAGUCAAGGGUUGGAAGGUCUAUUGAAAUUCGCCAGAAAUCAUGAACAUCAACACAGAUUUCUGUUCUGUUAGUUCUCAGAGGGGGUCCUACAGAAAGUUUGUUAACACAGGAUAUCCCGGAUGUAAAUGAUAACUAGUAUUGGACUGAAACCAGAAAUUAUUUCCCAACCACAAUAGAUACACAAUUGAUGAUGUUAGUCAUUUUUAUUUCAACACUUUCAUUGAUGUUAAGGUAAAUGGACUCUUGUUAGGCCUUAACAGUUGGUUCAGGUUCCUCAAGGCUUAUUACACGGGUACCCGGUUGUCAGAGCUGUUUUGUUAGUUUAUUUAAUGUAAGCUCAAGUCAAACACUCUUCACUUAGCAAAAUCUUUUCUUUUUUUUUGACAGGGCCAAAAUGCUGUAAGCUUGUGUUCAAGCAUGAGUUGACAAAUCCUGGGGGAACUCAAGAGGGUUUCUGUGACAGGUCUACGUGGCAAUAUGUUUAUAAGUGCAAACAAACAAGUCUAUAUAAUAUAUAUUUAUACAUAUAUAAAUAUAUAUAAUUACAUUUAUUUUUCCUUGUAGACUUUGCAAGUUAAUUCUAUUAAUUCUGUGUAAGGUAGAGUUCAGGAAAAGUACUUGUGCAUAGUUUGUGUCUGAGGUGACCGGAGAGGCUAGGCAUGCACACGCAUGUGUGUGCCUUGGAUGCUUGCAGCUAGGUCGGCAUGCAGGUUUGAAUCUGACACACACCCACCCCCUCCCCCAUCCGAGGCAGACAGUAUGGCUAUUUCUCAAUGUCAAGUGUAUGAGCCUUGGAAGUGUGUCAGCCUAAUUAGUCACGCUGGGUGAUUGGAUACUCAGCAGAGUUCACCAAAGACUAUCCAAUCACUUCGUGAUUACGAAGGCUGAUAUACUUGGAAGGAUGCACACUAGACUUUGAGAAAUGGCGUCUGUGUUUCAUGGAUUUGUGGAGAAUGAAAUGCUGAUGCAAUAUUUGGAUGAAUGUACUGUGGUAUGGUGAAUAAGAACCAGAUCGCAUUAGCGCUGAGAAGCAAUAUGUGGCCCGGCUUCUCUCUUUGUUUUUUUGUUUUUUUGUCUCCAUUGCUUUCCAGUCAAAAGUGUUCAUUGUUUUACGAUUGUAGAUUCAUGAGAUGUGUAAAAAUUUGUAUUUUAAAAAAAGGUGAAGGUUUAAAUUGUAAUUUAAGUAUAUACUGGAAUAACAGAUUCUCUAUCAAGUCAUAUUUCUAUAUAUAUACACAAUACCAUACACACACAUGUGGGAAGAUGUGGUUGCCACAGAAAUAAAACGUUUUAUUUCCUGA